UUUCAGCCUCCCAGAGUGUUGGGAUUAGUUAUGGGCCAUCAUGCCUGGUAUUGUCAGCAAAUAUUUCGAGGGUCUUAUCAGAGCCACACAUGACACCUCAGAGAAGACAAAAGGGAGAAAGGAUUAAAAACCUAGCUAAAGGUAACAGACUGUUAUAAACAGGUCACCUGUGUACUGAGUAAGAAGCCCUGGUAGGGAGACCAAAGGAGGGGAUUGGUCCAGAGAUGACAGUAUGUUAGGGAAGGGGAGGAUCCUCUGUGAAGACAACACUUGAGCAAAGAUUUAGAAGGGGGGGGGUGCACAGGCAGUGCAAAGGCCCUGGGGUGAGUAGAGCAAGGCAUAUCCAUACCUUCAAGGACAGUGGGGUGAGUACAGCCCAGGGAGGAGGUCAGCUCAGGUGGGGGUUGUGGGUUCCCAGGUGUAAUGUCUGGGUGCUGGGCAGGCAGGCUGUUACUCUCCAGCACAGCAAUGCCUGUAGGUGAGUAGGCCUGCUGUCUCUACAAGCUGCAGCCCAGCACUGGGUCCACAGGCUCAGCCCCAUGGAUCUACCACCUUCCAGGUGCUGUCUUUUUUUUGGUAUUGGGGAUUGAACUCAGGUCCUUGAGCUUGCCAGGUAGGGGCGGUGCCGCUGAGCUAAAUCCCUGGCCCUAGGGCUGGGAGUUUCUGGCCCAGAUGUCUACGGGCUCUCAGACAAGGUCCAGGCCACUGAUGGUGCAACAGCCCCGUGAGGCCUCCAGCCGGGAGCGGACAGAGGCCUGCGCACAACUAAGGGACUGGGGUCACAUGCCAGGGCUGCGGGUCCCAGGACUUGGUGCAGAGCCCGCUCUGGACAUCUGGAGUGCCCAGGAGGGCCUCUUAGCAACCCCGCGAGAUGGACGAGGCGCCCGAGCACAGCUCAACGACGGAGGUGAAGUCCUGGCGCGGGGCCCAGCGGUCUCAGGGCCUUCGGAAGCGUGUGGUUGUUGUUCCAGCGGUGGGCCGGUUCCAAGGCGGCCCGAUCCGAGCUCUUCCUUAGGCGCAGCGCGGGUUGGGGCGCAGGUCCCCGCCGAGCGCGCCCUCUGCACUGAAGCGACCCUGCGGAGCGCGAUGAAGCUCGCCCGGCCCCAGGUGCAGGAGCUGACCGGGGCAGGAGGCGGCAGCGGCAGGGGUACCCCGGGCUGGGGCAGCACGGGUAGCCGGGACCUCGAUCUGUGCCCAGAGCGUACCCACCACCCUCGCCUGCCCUGCUCUCAUUGGGCGGUUCGCUGCCGCCCCGUGAUUGGUCCGAGCGGCCAGCUCUCGUCCAGUAGACGCACUGCUGCUGGCGCGAGUUCAGAGGGCUGACGGGCGGGGCGUGCCGAGGCUUCUCGGCCACUCUGCCGAGCCGGGCGCUCCGGGUGAGUGAGUCCUGUGACCCUGACCACCCACGGUCCCCGACCUGGGCCCGAUGAGCGCCGCCGUGCCCUCGCCCUCGCCCUUCCGUCGAUCUCUCCGCCCCUAGUCUUGGCCUGCCCUGAGCGCCGGGCGGGAUCCCCAGACGCCCCUGGCUUCUCCAUUCUCCCCUCGCCCCUAGCCUGCCGGUCGGAAAAGCGAGCCAGUUCAUGCCUGGAAAAAGCAAUGUGGCUCAGGCACUGUGAUGACGCCCGCCCGCCAUUCCAGCACUGCGGAGGCUGAGGCAGCAGGAUGGAAUAUUCGUGCCCAGCCUGGGCGACUUAGCGAGACCCCAUC